GUGGUAACAUGAAACCACCCUUCCAAAUUACAUAAUUUUUCGACGGAUGAAAAUUGCCGAUGGAAAUAAUUAGUAAUGCAAACGCUAUAUAAGAAUAGAAUUUGGUCUCUCGAAUCAUUCGUGUGAAGUUUUGUGAGUUAAAAAGAAGCCAAGAACGGUCAAGAAUAUGAAACUGGCACAAGUUCUUAUGGUUUCAUUGAUGGUUCUGGCGACGUUUUGUUUGUCAGCUUAUUCAACUUCAAUUUGUGAAAAUCCGCAAUCGGAAAAAGACGUUCGGCUCGCGACCGAAGAAAUCGUGAAACGUUUGAUGAGAAUGCGAAAAUCUGAUUGGACAUGGGAUGCGGUUAUCACGCCUAUUGUCUUCCAAGUUAGUGUUCCAAAAAUGUUUUUCGGUCGAGAAAAAACAGCAAGAUCUUUUGUGAAAAAAAUAAAAAAGAAUUUUGACAGAAUGUCGUUGGGACAAAAGGCAGAGAACAUAAUUGCUAUAAAAUCUUUGUGUAUGAAUGAAAGAAACAUCGGAGGAAUAGAUCUUGUGAAAAAUGUAUCGGAAGAAUUGAAACUACAAUUUCCGAAUAACACUCGUUUUCCUGCCAUUGGCUACGGAAUGUUUUCCAUUGGGAUUGGUUCGGUUUGUGUUAGUGGAUAUCCGAUUGAAAAUUGGUUGUUUGAAAAAUUUAUAUCUGGACAAAAUGAAGACGGAAGUUUUGGAGAUUCAAACCAUCUCAUGAAUACUAUCCGUUUACUUCCGCCCACGCAUUGCCUACGUCUGAUGCAAAAUCCUGCCUACAACGUCACUACACUCGAUAAUGUGAUUUUGAAAAUGAGAGAAUACAUAAUGAAAAACAUAAUUACGACUCGUGCUGGGGAACUGUAUAUCGAGAACAAAUUCUUAACGUCACUUGCGUUAAUCGGUUUAUGGAAAACAAAAAGUGAAGGAGAAAACCCCGACAAAUGGCGUUGCAAGGAGCUAUCAAAAACAUUAGGAAUCUACCCGGACCCGAACGAAACCUUGUUUCAUUUGACUUAUCGUUUGAUGCGUCUGCAUGGGUCUGCAUUCUUGGAUGUCGCAUCACCAGAAUUCACCUGUCAAAAACCAGAUCCUAUUCCGAAAGGUUACGUUCCUUCAUGUAAGCCACAUAAGCCAUGGACUUGCAAGUCGAAGGAUCCAGAUCCAAAGUAAAAUUAUAGUCUCCAGAGCAGAUUUUGUACAAAGCUUAAAGCAGAAGCAGAACAUUUUUGUCGUUUGGUUGUAAACUUUUAUCGGUUGCACCAAAACAAAACUUUUUUAUUUGAUUUUGUAGAUAGAUUUGUAUUUAGAUUUUCUCCGUCACAUAGAAUUUGAAAAGUGAGAAGAGAAAUGUCACGUUUUAUUUUUCGCUUCUCGAUAUUUUACAUGAAUAAGCACUACGGAUAUGAUAAUCACAACAAUGGGAUUUGUUAUGUUGCCAUGACACCAAUUUAAUGAAUGUGCAUGAAACUUUGAUGUGUUUUUUAAUUUUUAAUAUUUAAACUCAGUGUUGUUAAUUAAUUUUUCAAUCACCACCUGCAUGGGUUCGUUAACUCACAUUGUUAUGAUAUUGUUUUGUUGCCAUGGCACCCAUUGUAUAAAUGUGCUUGCAAUUGCUGUUCUUGCUUUAGUUGAAAUAUGUAUGUCUGAGGAAGUUUGACCUUGGUCAGA